AUGAAACGUGUAUCCGUUAGAAAAUCAUUAAGUUCGACUCUUGAGUUUCGGUUUACGCAAUUUCUCAUUCGCGCCGCAAGAAAACCCAAAGGGGCCGUCACCUUGGGUAAAAAGUUUUCAACACGCCAUGCAGUAUUAGCUGAUAAGAACGCCAAGGGACCACCUAGAAAAAAGGCCAAGUUGGAUAUUGAUGAGACACAAGAAAAUGCAUCUGAUUCUGGUAUUACACUGGUUGAAAAGGAGAAAGUGACUGAAGCCAUCCUCAGUAAAUUUGGAGUGCGGAUGCCUGAUGAUUUUUAUCAAUUCUGGGAGUUUUGCUCGGAGCUUGAUGAAAAGAAACCAGCAGAUGCAAUUUCCUCGAUCGGUUUGACGUUAGUUGGCCCUUACGACGUACAAUCGGGCUUGUUUGACGUGGAAAAGAUAGAUCGCGAGAGUUGCCUGACGCACUGGAGGUACUAUUAUGACCCACCCGAAUUCCAAACCAUCUUGAAGGGAGAUGACACGUCAGGUUUCCAUAUUGGAUAUUUCCGAGAUGAGCCCGACGCGUUGCCAGUGUUUGCCGCAUCAAACAACGCUGUCCAUGGCUGUAAGAUAUCGCCCGAGGGAGAAAAUCUUUUCUCAGCUGUUAAACUUUACAUAGGCCGAGAGAAAAAGACGACGAAAGAUAAAACCCACAGAGCCAACUUGGAGAGAGUCGAGAAGGCUUUGUUGGACUGUGCCUCAAAGCACGGGAUUCCUUUAGAGGCGAACACGAAGACCAUGAAGUCUAGGUCUAAGCGAGUCGUCUGUAAGCUGUUCCAUUGUUGCGGCCUUGUUGUUCCCGUGGACGACAAUGAAGUAGGAUACAGAGAGGUGCCAGAGACACCUGGAGCAUUGAAAAAGAUGUUUGCACGCAUUGAGGCAGCUGAAACGGAUGAAGAAAGGAUGACGGCGUUUGACCCCAUCCAAGAAUUGAUGACGCUCGUGCAGUUUGCCAAUGAUGAGUGUGACUACGGCAUGGGCAUCGAGCUUGGCCUUCACAUGUUCUCAUGUGGCUCCCUCUACCUCCACAAGACGAUACUUAAACUUUUGCCUAUGGGCUACCAGUUUAUCGGGCGAGAACUAUUCGGUGAGAUUAUCACAGCUCAUCUCAAAAAUCGGCGUAGCGGAAGUGAACUUAGCGCCAUCUAGUGCCGAUGGCUAUGCAUUGUAAUCCAAUAUUAAUUAUGUAAAUUAUGCAUACCUAAUUAUUGUCAGUUGUUUAAAUUUAUGACCUUUUCGUGUUUACAAUUCAUCAAUACAUGGCUAUAACUGUACUAUUUGUGUAAAGUAAAUAAAUGCUGUUAUUUUAGGUAUAAAAUA